CAAAUAUCCCCCUAUAUUCAUAGCUCCUCCAACUCCUGAAAUAAAAUCAGAAGACUGCACCAUCUGCUGGGACACCGCCACUGUUCGAUGGAGCACCAGCAACCUGAAAGCAACAGAUUCCUUCACACUUGAGUACUGCAGACAGUAUUCCCCUGAAGGAGAAGGCCUCAGAUCUCUAGCUGGAAUUCGACAGCCUGAAAUAAAGGUUCACCUGCAGUCAAACAUAAACUAUUUCUUCUAUGUGAGAGCAGUUAAUACCUUUGGUAUAAGUGAACAGAGUGAAGCUGCUCUGAUUUCAACAAAAGGAACAAGAUUUCAUAUAAUGAGAGAACUUGUUCACCCUGUACUGCAAGUAUCACCCAAUGGAACCAUGAUAUCCCUUCCGGAUGAUGCUAAUCUCCCUGGAAGCCCACCAGUGUUGGGUGAGCUCUUGCCUGCCCAAGGAUGGCAUUACUGGGAAAUCACCGUCAGUGAUUGUGGAGCUUACAAGGUUGGGAUCUGCUCUUCAACGCUCCUAGAAAGCAGUGACCUGGGACAGAAAAACAAUUCUUGGUGCUUACAUUGCUCCAACAAAACAAGUUCUGCAUUUAAAGUUCUGCACAAUGGCGAUGAGUGA